AUGAGAGGCAUCUUGAACCUCUGCGAACUCUUCCAUCUCGCGCUCACCCCCCCAAAGUGCCUUCCUACUGACCAUGUCUCUACGCCCCAGCUGCCUGUUGGCUGUCAUUACAACCCUGAAUGCUUUGCCAGACUUUUCAUGAGCCCCCCCAUCCAAGCCCUGCAUCAGCAAAACCACGCCCGUCUUUCAAGGUCAGGCAAUGUGUUGUACGAAGCAGCGAUCCAUGAGUACUUUCAACUGAGCUCGAUCGUGGCUAAGACACCCGAGUGCAAGAACGAUGUCGUAGACAUCGCCACAGCCUUGGCCGAUGUCUGUUCAUGUGCGGCGAACCUGACUGGCCUCUUCCCCCGACCAGGUGUGCAAUGCGACGGAACUACCCGCCAUUUCUCACCUGGUAAGUCCCCUGCAGGGCCCGCCUGCAUCAUGAUCAACCCAGACGUGGAUUGGUUUGAUUGGGUCAUGCCCCAUAAGUUGGCCUCCGUCGGAUCGGCCCCCCCAGCAUGUGUCACCGCCGCCCUUGCGAUUGUCAAAAACUCGUUUCCCAAGUGUGAGUUUGUCUACGCUGACUAUGGCGGCACCAGCGACGGCGGACGCGUGGAUGUUGCCACGUACUUUUCCAGUGUAUAA